GUGAUGAGAAUAAUUUUUAUUUUUAUAUGAGUUGGCUGUCAAUAGGAUCAAAAGCCGCCGGCCGACAAAACCACCGAAUAAAGGCUCAAUCCGGAGAGCACUUUAAAGGCGUUCGCUAAUUACCGAUCACUACCUCUCUUUCUCUCUCUCUCUCCGUGUAAACUCUGAGACUUCAGAACUUCCUGAGAACAACGGAAUAAUGGGAAUCCCAUCGGAAAUGAGGGACAUAUGGGCGAAGAAAAGACAACGCUUCUUAAUUGCUUCUCCUGUUGAAGACCAGAAGAUCCUCAAAGCCAGACACUGCACAAAUGAAGGUGUUCGUGCUGGCUUCAAGGCAGCUUCCAUUGCAUGUGUUGUCAGCGCUGUGCCUACAUUGGUUGCAGUUCGUGUGAUUCCUUGGGCAAAGGCAAACCUCAAUUAUACUGCUCAGGCACUCAUUAUAUCUGCUGCAUCAAUUGCAGCGUACUUCAUCACUGCCGAUAAAACAAUAUUAGAGUGUGCAAGAAGAAAUUCCCAGCUUGAAGACUCCUUGAGACACCAGAGAUGAUGCAGUCCAACUCUCAAGUUUUAGUGAUUCGUCCACAACCAAAUGUUUUGUAUUGAUAUAUCAUGCUGCAGUCAGGUAAGAUGUGCAUAUCCUUUUUCGUUUUGGGUAUCUCUCAAUUUUCUCAGCUGGACGGUGGUUGUUUACUACUUUGAAAUAGCUUUGUGUGACUCGUACUAUCCGACUUCGAUAUGGAACUACUGACGAUUUUUAUUGAAUUCCAAGAGUUGUUGUAAAA